AUAGUUCUUCAGACAUACUUGCCAACGAAGAUGAUUUGACAGAGGCGGCUACCUUUGUGGCUGCGCAGUCUUGUCUGGUCUCUCAUUGCAUCCCCUGGCUGAUUCGAAACAAUAUAUAUGGAUUCGCCCAUAUCAUGGCAUGACUAUCAAGAUAUUGUCUCGGCUUGAUUUCAUCACGACCAUCCAUACCAUGUCAAAUCACAUCAUACAACCGCAUGCGGUUCAUCAGGGAGGCGACUCCGAGCAGAUGAAACAGGAAUCGCCUUCAGUGCAGGCUCAGUCUAGGCUGGAAUGCCUCCCAGUGGAGCUCCUCCAGACGAUCUUCCUGCAUAGUCUCGAGUUCAAUCUUCCGAGAGCCUCGAUUUCCCUUGCUAGGGCUCUAUCAAAUCCGACCCUCUAUACCUGGCUCAUCCGCCUGGCCUUCAGUAGCUCCAACAAGAGCUCCAAGCAUGGCUUUUUCACCCCAGACUUUCUCCCUCCGCCACUAGACUUCUUCGCCCUAUCUACAGAAGAACGAAGUGACCUCCAAAGCGCAAUUCUCGCAUGCCGCUGGUGUACGCUGGAGCUCAUGCGCAAAUGCCAGAGAGAAUACAUCGAACACGCCGUCCGUCUCAAGUGUCGAGAACUAGUGUUCGCGCCUGAAGACCGCGACAGCAUAGCCAAGAUCGGGGAGCACUUCCACGACCUGAAACGAUACGACCAGGGCCACCGAGGCCGUCUAGGAAAAGGCGAUCUGGUUUGCAGGGCUCUAGAUCCAGAAACCGACGCGGAGUAUAGAGUCGCAGUGUGGUUCAACUUUGGCGCCUUUCAGAUCCGCAGGCCGAAUCCGAUUCAUACCGAGCUCGAUCUCUUUCGACUACCCUGUUGCGCGGGCGAAGCUCCAUCGCGUAUGCCAGACAAGUUGCUUUGUGGCCCAUGGACAGAGACGAAGAUCGAGUUCCUUAAAUUGCUGUGUUCGGAGGUAUACAUCGAUGACGAUGAGGAAUUUGAGCGUUCUGGGCGCCUGCUUCGCCAGGUAAUCCGGAGCCGCGAUUACGGUACUUUCAAGGUACUGGUAGAACUCUUCAUUCGGAUCCGGAUAUAUAGAUACCCUCUCCGCUGGCCUAUACAACGGUCUCAUUUCAAGGCAGCUUUGAAAUACGCGGACUCUUCAAACGAUCCGUUCCUCAACUUUCUGGUUAGGGAACGUUGGGAUGAUUUACCUUCGUCUGAUAUAAAGCUCAAGAAUGAGCUGAUAGCGAAAGGAGGACUAUGUUCUCCAGCAUGAGAAAUACAUAAGAUUCUAAAGAUGACCAACACUGCUGGGGUAUGAAGAAAGCAGACGACAAAAGCGCGAACGUGGACAGAUAACGUGACGAAACUGAAAAGACAAGCCCAUGAACACACAAGGUAUCAUAUCCAUCAUAACUCAUCAAGUCCGAAGGGCGCAGUGACUAGACCCUUGAUCGUCGAUGUCUCGAGGACCUCAUCCUUCCCCGGUUUCCGCAGUAGCCACAAGUGAGGCAUGAAAUAACGACAUCGCAGAGACUGACGACACCGUUGAUGAUGGCUUUAAGGACUGCACCGAUGGUAU